UUUCGUAUCCACGCGUUCCGUUAAAAAUCACAGGCCGAAACGUUCACGUCGUAAUUCUGAUAGAACCGCUGCCCCACAAUAAAACCCAUUUAAGGUCGUUGGAUUACUCGGGCGACAAUUUUGGGGGUCAAGUUGAUUUCCUUAUACUUUACUUCAAAAUCUUCUCCAGAGUUGAAUUGCUGAUAAUCAGUUCAGAAGCUUGUUUGCUGCAUUUCCUGGUGUAUGGCACCAAUGAAGGGCAUUCUUUCUCUGCAAAGGGCUGUUCUAUCAAGGCAUCAAAAUGCAAACUGGGGGAUAAAUGCUACCGCUAGACUUUUCAGCACUCAGUCUGCAACAACCGCCACCACCGCCCAACCACCACCACCACCACCUCCACCGGAAAAAACCCACUUUGGUGGUCUGAAAGAUGAAGACCGCAUCUUUACAAACCUAUACGGUUUACACGACCCCUUUCUCAAAGGCGCAAUGAAACGAGGUGAUUGGCAUAGAACUAAAGAUAUAGUAAUCAAAGGUGCUGAUUGGAUAGUAAACGAAAUGAAAAAAUCCGGCCUACGUGGACGUGGAGGUGCUGGUUUCCCAUCAGGGCUAAAAUGGUCAUUCAUGCCAAAAGUAUCCGAUGGUCGUCCAUCUUAUCUUGUUGUAAACGCAGACGAAAGUGAACCCGGAACUUGCAAAGAUAGAGAAAUCAUGCGCAACGAUCCACACAAGCUUCUAGAAGGAUGUUUAAUAGCUGGAGUAGGUAUGCGUGCAACCGCUGCCUACAUUUACAUCAGGGGCGAAUACGUAAAUGAGCGUUUGAAUUUAGAAAAAGCAAGAAAAGAAGCAUACGCUGCUGGAUUACUCGGAAAAAACGCGUGUGGGUCCGGGUAUGAUUUCGAUGUCCAUAUCCAUUUCGGAGCUGGAGCUUACAUUUGUGGUGAAGAAACCGCACUUCUUGAAUCCCUCGAGGGUAAACAAGGAAAACCACGUUUGAAGCCGCCGUUUCCCGCCAACGCGGGGUUAUACGGGUGCCCCACAACCGUCACAAACGUGGAAACAAUUGCGGUGUCGCCGACUAUUCUAAGACGUGGGCCCGAGUGGUUUUCUAGUUUUGGUAGAAAGAACAAUUCGGGGACUAAACUUUUCUGUAUAUCGGGUCAUGUGAACAAACCGUGUACAGUGGAAGAGGAGAUGAGCAUUCCAUUGAAGGAGUUGUUGGAGCGGCAUUGUGGUGGUGUGAGGGGCGGAUGGGACAAUUUGCUAGCGGUGAUUCCGGGUGGUUCUUCUGUUCCUUUGCUUACAAAGGAUUUAUGUGAGGAUGUGUUGAUGGAUUUUGAUGCAUUGAAAGCUGUUCAAUCUGGAUUAGGGACAGCUGCUGUUAUCGUGAUGGAUAAGUCAACUGAUAUUGUGGAUGCGAUUGCGAGGCUUUCGUAUUUUUAUAAGCAUGAGAGUUGUGGUCAGUGUACGCCUUGUAGGGAGGGAACUGGGUGGCUUUGGAUGAUUAUGGAAAGGAUGAAAGUUGGGAAUGCGAAAUUGGAGGAGAUUGAUAUGCUUCAGGAAGGCUUAUUAGACAUUUUAGGCCUGAGAUGGAGAGGAGGAUCAGGGAGCGUGCUGAUCGGGAGUUGCUUCAAGCAGCUGCUUGAAAACAGGCCGAAUGAUUUCAUACAUGGAGGAAAACAAUGAGGCGCCUUUGGGGCAUCAUAUGAUUAAUGUUUUAAGGUUUUUGUUGAAAUACAAUGUGAUUGAAAACAGUACCCUCUCUUUAGAUUGGGGGUAACUUUUGUGUGUUUAAGGAUACAAAGACAUCCUAUUGUUAUUAUUGAACUUCAGUUAGCCAUAUGCUUUUGGACACAUGUCAAAAUGUUAAUAAGCCGAGUGCAUUGUUGUAAUCAUACAAUGGAAGCUUUUUAUAAGCUCAAGUUUCAUGCCUUGUCAGAACAUAAACUGUUGGUGGUUUAGCCAGAUUUUUUUUUUCUUUUCAUCUUAAAUUGACGGAAGG